GUCAUUUUCAUUUAUCAUGGCGGAGGAUGAAGACGGUGUUUCGGAUAAAAAAUCACCACAAAAUUCGAAUAACGCAGGAUCCUUCCAAGAAAAUCAACAAAAUGCAGCUAAACCGGACCUGGGAAUAGAAGAGGCUAAGUAUGACGUGAAAGAGAACGGGGACGCCGGCCCCGCGGAGCCAAUAAGCUCGACUUCCAAGUCGACUGGCGCUAUGCGAAAGGAGGAGAAUCCGUUUUCGUUCCGGCACUUUUUGAAGCGGGACUUGUCUCUGCCGGGGAAUUCUACGUACGAGAAUACAGGGGCCAGGCCCAAGGUUUACGCGAACACAGUGCAGCAUUCUCCCACAAAACUCGACAUACACAGCGACUCGAGGCGCGAGAAGAGCCGCUCGAGCGACACACAAGCCAAAGAGAAACAAAGCGACGGCGUCAGCCAUCGCAACAGUGACGAUACGUCGUCGAGUAGUUCCGUAGAGAUACCUUUUAGUGUAGUGGAUAAUUCGGAUUCUAAGCAUAACCUGUACACAGAUAGUUCCGAGGGGCCGUUCUUCCACAGGCCCAACUUGGCCUCCGAGCCCCUCGGCAUGCCUUCCCUACCAGACUUUGUUCAGGAUCACAUUCUAGUGGAACAAGCAUAUUUGAACUCGAAUGGGCCAAUAUCGGUUGACCUUGAUAACUUACCUGAUUUUACAUUUAAUACUAGUUAUAAUGUUGGUUCCUCUUCCUCACUGGGCCGGAGGAACAAUAGUGGAAGCAGUAGAAAUGCAAUGCAGUAUGACUAUGAUGCAUAUAUGGGUGCCGCAUCUGAGUCUGGGCCAUCUAGUCGCAGUAUUCCUCUGGACCUGCCCUCCGGCGCAGAGGCAGCAGGGCUUCCACUGGACCUGCCUGUACACUUGAGUUUGGAUCUCACAGAGUCUGUGAACCCAGCAGAUAGACGGAAUGUGUCUCCCCGGAACAGUUUCCCCUUGGAUCUUCCACCUAAUGCAGGCACAGAGUCGAUGCGGCUGCCGGACUUCCUGCCGGUGCACCCGGGGCGCACGUCGCCGGAGCCCGAGCACCAGGACCAGCAGCUGCAGCAGAUCAUCGCAGAGUUGGAGCGCACCAGGAUGGAAUUAUUCUCGGAGCGCAGCCGACGGUCGCGGGCGGAGGACGAGGCCUCCUCCCUGCGCGAGACGGCGUCGCUGCUGCGCGCGGAGGCCGCGGCGGCGCGGGCCUCGGAGGCGGCCUUGCGCGCGCGCCUGCACGAGGCCCGCGCCGCCGACCGCGACUACGUGGGACACAUGGAGGCCGCCGCGCACCGGGACAACUGUCUCGUGGAUAACGCUGCGAGGGCGCCAGGAGCGGAGACCGCUUACACGAAAUUAAAAAAUGAAAUAAAAAAAUUGAAGGAGGAGCUGUCGGCGGCGCAGGCGGAGGCGCGCGCGCUGCGCUCGGUGCAGAGCGACGCCGCCACCGACCUGCGACACGCCGCAUCGGUGGCCGAGACUUCGCUCAGGGAUCUGCUGUCCGGGCUGGAGCGGUUACGCUCGCUGAGCUCGGCGCUGGAGCCCGCGUGAGCCGCCAGGCGCCGCCGAACUUACUUUUGUAUCGUUGUUUCCCGAACACCGCUAUUUAUAAGAUAAUUUAUUAAAUAUCAUUAUUUACCACGA